AUGGUUGAGUCAGAGCAUCAACAUUUUAUGGCACUUAAUCGAAAGUUGGAUGAUGUACAUUACAAAUUCAUUCUUGACUGUUCUAAGGCUAAUAUAUGCCCCACACUUACCUUUAAGGUGUUGAAGGAAAUUCUCGGUGGGUUUGAACUUGUCGGUUGCACUGUCGGGGAUAUCAGGAACGCUUCUCGAGACAUCAAAGCAUACGCACAUGGGUUCGACGUGCACAUGGUGUUGGAUGAUAUGGCUAAGAAGAAGGAAAUGUCUGAGGCGUUCACAUAUCACUACGAAGUUAAUGCCACUAACCAGUUGGUUGCUCUAUUUUGGUGCGACGGUUUGAUGAAGAGGAAUUACCAUAUGUUUGGUGAUAUUGUGGCGUUUGACUCCACUUACAACAAAAACAGGUAUUGUAUAAUCUUCACACCUUUCAUGGGAAAGGACAAUCAUGGAAGACCUGUAACCUUCGCCGCCGGAUUGGUGUGCAACGAUAAAACAUGGGCAUUUGCUUGGUUGUUCAAACAUUUCGUUGAAUGCAUGGGUGUAGCACCCAAAAUUAUUGUAAUAAAUCAAGACUUGGGCAUGAGAUCAACUAUUGAAGAGGUUCUUGUUGGGACUCGACACCGAUUGUGUAUGUGGCAUAUAAUGCAUAAGUUGGCCACCAAGAUUCCAAACAGGUUGCUGAGGGACGAAGAUUUCAAGAAGGAAUUCAAUCCCUGCGUUUGGUCGGACCUCCUUGAACCCGACGAAUUCGAAGAUGAGUGGAAUGGAGUGGUGGAACGUCAUGGGCUGGAAGACCGGAACAGUAGAACAAAGUUGGACUACCACGAUGCAACUGCCCUGCCCAUAUUGGCCACUGCUUUGCCAUUCGAGAAACAUAUUUCGACGCUGUACACUAAUAAUAUGUUCAAGAAAAUACAAGAAGAAAUUGUUGAGGGUAAUGACAGAUGCUGCGUGCUUGGUUUUUCAUCUACAGAUAUGGUUAACACCAACAAGCUUGGGGACAACAAUCGCAAUUCGAACAAUGGAGUGAAAAAAAUUCCUGAUAAAUACUGCGAAAGCAGAUGGAUGAAAACUCCGUUAGCCAAGGUUGUACAUGGGCAGUUUGAUGACGCCCUACCUACCAGGUCCAUCGUUGACGAUAGUCAAACUGUUUCAAAUCAAGAGAUUUCGAUCUUCUAUGGUUUUCUUCGACGAUUUGAGACGGACAUUGAUGUGCUUCGUGCAUUCGUAGGUGGUGUGGAAGUAGUUGAGGUCCAUCCUCCGGAUGUUGUCAAGACCAAGGGCCACACUAGCAGCUCCCCGAGCCGUCUAAUUUCCAAGAGAGAAAAGGCUAUAAAGGAGGCUACUAGACCUCUUAGACGGUGUAAGGCAUGCGAUGAGAUGGGCCAUCACGACUCUAGAAAUUGUCCAAUGCUUAAAGAGAUGGCGAUGGAGAAAGAGGUGCGGAAGGCCAAGAGGAAAAGUUGA